AACACUCUCGCCUAACAACAAGGAUGAACAUGGUAGACCUCCAAGACUUCAAGCGUAAACUUCAGUUCAAGGAUCCUACUGAACCCGAAGAACUAAUUCUUGACAACAAAAAGAUCAUGACGAUCAGCAACAUUAUUAGUUCCGAACAAUCAGAUUUUACACUUCUUACCGAGUUGAUCAACUUGAAGUCACUUUCCAUGAAUCGUACUCACUUACAUUCAUUAGAAGGGUUUCCUACAUUGCCAAAGUUGAGAAGGCUUGCUUUAUCAGACAACAAACUUACAGGUGGUUUAGAGGCAUUUGCAAAAGCUAAGCUUGAAAAGUUAAUCCACCUUGAUUUAAGCGGUAACAAAAUAAAUGACUUAUCAGCACUCGAACCACUGCGCAAUUUACCGAAUCUUAAACACCUAAGUUUAAUCGAAUGUCCAGUUACACAGAAAGCAAAUUAUCGAGAUGCUCUACUUGAAAUGAUACCUCAAUUAUAUUCACUUGAUCAACAAGAUAGUCAAAUGGUCAUGCAGGAAGAAAACCAGGAGGCUGAAAUAAGUGAGGAAGCUGUAUCGGACGAAGCAGGCAGCGAAUCAGAUCAAGAUGUAGAAGCAAAUGAUAACGAGGAAGUAUCUGAUAAUGAAGAAGAAUUGGUUGGUUUUAAUUCUCUAUUAAGUACAUUAGUAGAAGCGAGCGAGAUAGAAGCAGAAACAAAUAUCGUGCCAAAACCACGUAAUAAAGGAAAACAAGUGGCAUUUCCAUCAGACCUUGAUGAUAGGACAGAGUCCGAGAGUGAAUCGGAAUAUGAAUCUGGAGAAGAAGGUCCAGGAAUAGAUUAUUUAUAUGAUCCGCAAUGUAUUUAA